AUGUCUGAAGUAUCUCCCAUUGAUUGGCAUCUACCCAAAAGCCAACAGGAGCAGCUGGUUAAUGGAGACCUCCCCAACGCUGCAGUAUCCGAAUGCAAUAUAGACACCCUUCCAGAUGAGCUCCUAUUCGAGAUAAUCAACCAGGUCUUUCUCGAUGACGUCGACGACGUUUGGACGAUCAGUUUCACCAACAGACGUCUGCAUCGGGUUGCCAAAGAAAUCUUGUAUAGCUCGUACUCGACUAGAGAUGCUAUUCCAGGGCUAUUCAUCCGUACGCUUGCGUCCUCUCCAGACCUUGAACGGUGCGUCCAGCAGGUUGAAUGGGAGUACGAGGGCCAUACAUUUAAGUUUCCCAAACAACUUACAUCUGCUGAACUUCGACAUAUCACCGAGAGAGUAGGGUUUGACAAAGUAGGACGAAGGGAAGUUGCGGGGGAAAGUAGGAUAAGGAAGCUGAAUACGUGGCUCGCGGAUCACGGGAGAGAGGAUCAAUUCAACAUAUUCAUGUUGUUCACUCCGAGAGUGAAAAAGGUCGAGAUUGUACCUAGCCUCUGGCCGCGCAAGGCCGUGUGGUUCAAGUCAGCACUAGAACCUCAGAUGUUCUCCAAUUUGCAGGAGGCAUCUAUUGUUCUUGAGCAGAUACGUGUUGGAAACAUCCUUUCGUUGUUCUUGUUGCCGUCCUUGAAAACUCUCAUCUUGGGCCAUGUAGGUAUACAUCGCGACAGAGAUGGGAUAGGUCCACGCCCCGAAUGGGAAGCUGACAAGACGUUCUGGAACCGACUAGAGAAAGUUGGCUCCAGUCUCGAGAACUUGAUACUGCCUAAUGUUGGCGGCGACACACUAGAUCUCGCUCGAGCGCUAGAAUCAUUCCAGGGUCUGAAGAAGUUCAAACUUGCUUUCCAUGGGCAUGGUAUGGGGCCAGAUGAUGUGAACGUACGAACGCUUCUACGCGCAAUCGCAAAUCACCAUGAAUCACUCGCAUCACUAGAUCUCAACGAUUUCCGCGUAGACAACGAUCCAAACACUUUUGAAGAAUUGAGGGUCUUGAAUCGUUUGGAAUGGCUCCAGAUGUGCGGGCAGGUCUUCUAUGGGGUAGUGAAGGAUGAAUGGGGACAGCUCGCCGACGUGUUACCAGGACGUUUCAAGAAUCUACCCAGGCAUAUUAAACAUCUCCGCAUCUCAGCAAUGGAGGAUGGUCAUAACGUGCCCGAAUCUUUGCUGGAAGUCUUGAUCAAUAUGGCCCCUACGAUCAAUACUAUAUUCUCCAACCUAGAAAAGAUAACGUUCUUCGAUUGGCAUCCACAACUCGGCACCUUCCCGUGCCAGAAAAUCUUUGCAGCUUUGCAGAAUGGACUAGCAAAAGCUGGUGUCGAGCUGGAGUCGAUACACAAUGCGGAUGGGUCUAGUGAGGCGUGGUAUGACAGGAACCGUGUUGCUACCACGACUUGGAUUGAACCAGAUUGGGUUUGGGUGGAACUUGUGGAUCCGCUUGAUGGAGACGAAGAUGACUGGCUUCUGGCUCUUUCACAGAAUCUCGCACACCGGAACGAUGCCGAUCUAUGGCCAUUGGACGCUAUGUAG